GUACUUAACCGUUGAAAGCAGAACUGAUCAUUUUUACUUAAAAUUUCAGACGUUUAAUAAGAAUAAAUAUACUUACAAAUAUCAAAAUUAGAUCAUCAAUUUGAUGUUUGAUAAUCAUAAAUACUUUCAAACAAUGACAUCCUGUAGAAGCAAGAGGUUGAAGAUAAUGUCAACGAACGGGCAACAGAAUGAUCCAUCAACAUCCAAUGGCCCAUCAUCGGAAAAAUCCUCGGCUAAACAUUCUUGCGAAAUUUGCGGACAAUCAGGACUAAGCGAUGAAAAGAUGUUAGAACAUACACAAAAGUGUCAUGUUGAAGGUAGCGCCGCUUGUCCAUUUUGUGGUCUUUCGGGAACAUCAUCAGCUGAACUUUUACUUCAUGUCAAUCAAGCUCAUCUUGACUAUCUUACACCCGAAAACGAACUGAUGAGUUUUAUUGAUGAUUCAAAAACGCCUAGCGCUGAUGGUGAUUCAGACUCAAUGUCAUGCGGCUUAUCUCCCUCAAUUACUGAAAUUCCUGGCAUCACAAAUAAUCACGCAACGUCACCAAAUAACUUUGAUGCCAGCAAACAACAGAACGGAGUAAAAGAAAUAGUAGCAAAAAAUAAAACGCAGUUUAGUGGUUUAAAUACCAAAAUCCCUAGCGAAACAUUGACGAAUGGAAGCUUUAAGUCCGAACCCGCGAUAUUCAAUUAUAAUAUAAUGGAUGAUAACAAUAAUAGCAACAAUGUGAACUGUGAUAAUGAAAAUAUGAAUGGUGGAAAUGUGAAUGGAGUUCCUGAGAGUCAUGGUGAAGGUUCGCCACUAAGAAGUCAGUUAGGAUUAAAACUUAAAGCGAGUACCAAGCCAAAGAUUACAAUUCCAACACUUUCAUCGCCUCUUUUAUGUUUGUUGUGUCCAUACACGACAGAAGAUUCGAGGACACUUGAGGAACACAUUAAUCGAUCUCAUUUCGAUCCAAUCAGUCCCGGUGUUAUGAAUUCAGAUAGCGGUGCUCAUGGCGGAACUUCCAAUCAUAUCGACACACUCGAUGCUUUUCAAUGCCCACUUUGUGUUCGAUGCUUCGAAAGUUGUACUGAUCUUGAACUUCAUGUGAAUCAUGAACAUCGUGAUAUUUUAUCGCCAGCAAAAGUUGAUUCAUCAACAGCUUGUUCGACCGAGAUUUUAACGAAUGGUGACGAAGCUGCAUGCAAUUUAUGCCCUGUUUGCGGAAUAUCAUUUUCAAAUAUGAAGACACAAGAUAUGGAAAUGCAUAUUGAAAGUCAUUUUACAAAAUCGCCAACAACUGUAACUGCUGCACCAGAUCUUGAAAAAGAAGCUCAAAAGUUACGUGAACAGCGUGAAUUUGAAAUGUUACGAGCACAAUAUGGAAUGGACGAUCAGGGAAAUUUUCGGGAACAAUCGGCAGUAGCGAUGCAACGUGCAGUCUAUGCUGGUGAGAUGUCAGUUGCUGACUAUUACUGUCGACAAGUUGGAUUGAAAGCCGCAGAAGUUAAUGGCGUUGACGAUGGAUCAUCAUGUACAAAAUCAGUGGCAGCUCGUGUUGCAAGUUUAUCAGCAGCAUCGCCAAGUGUCACAAAAAGUUAUGUGUGUUCAGCAAUCGAUCAUUAUGCAUCAAGUUACGGUGAUAAAGGUUGGGGUUGUGGCUAUAGAAAUAUUCAAAUGAUGCUUUCGUCACUUUUCCAAAAUCCAACAUAUAACGAAAUGUUACGAGCAGCAAUUGGAUCGAAUUCAAUGCCAAGUAUCUCGCGACUUCAAAAAAUGGUGGAAAGUGCAUGGACUCAAGGUUUCGACGUUCAAGGAAAGGAACAACUUGGAUGUAAAUUAUACAACACCAGGAAAUGGAUUGGAGCGACAGAAAUUGUCACACUUUUCUCAUGGAUGCGAAUCGAAUGUCAAUUGGUAGAUUUUCAUCGUCCAACAGCUUUAAAUGGAUGUCAUCCUGACUUGUUUAGUUAUGUUUUAAGAUAUUUUGAGCAGCCAAGGCCACACACACCUCCACUUUAUCUGCAACAUCAAGGACAUAGUCGUACAAUAAUUGGAAUCGAACAGAAAGCAAAUGGACUUUCACUGCUUAUUCUCGAUCCAUCUCAUAGUCCACGACAAGUUGCUUCGCUUGGUUCAUCACAAGACACACUCAGACUAAUUCGACGUGGACCUAGUGCUAUGAAAGCUCCUCAAUAUCAAAUUGUUUCUGUUGUUGGUAAAUUAGAUACAGAAGAAGAAUAUCAGGCCAGCAAAGUGAUUCAAUCUCUUCGAAUUCCACCAGAUCGUUGAUGCAUUAAAAAAGAAAUAAGGAAUAAAAUUCCUGCACGUACUUACGGUAUUAUUAAAAUUAUAAUUUAUCAAUUUUCUUUAUUGGAUUAAAGUUAUUGUUAUAAUUAAUCAUCGAAAGAGAAAGUCUUGGUUGUUCAUUCAUUUCUGUUAUUAUCAACAUCAGUUGACUCACAUUAUCUACAUAAAAAAUAUGUCGAAUGAUAUUUUUUCACAUUGAUAUUAAUAAUCAAAUGGUGAUUUACAGUUCUAGAGCACCAAAUAUAAGAAAAUAUGAAAAUCUUAAAGCAAAGAAUAAUUUUAGAAAUUUAAAUGGAAGAAACAACAAUUUUCUUGAAAACUACGGGUUGUUAAUAUAAAUAACUAAAUAAUAAUAAUAAUUACCUAUUAAAAAUGAGAAGCUUAUUCUUAGCAAACUUAACUUACACAACAACAACAAAAAUGAAGAAGUUUUAUCCUGAUGAACCUUUUAGAGCAAUAUUUCCGAUCCAUCACGGCUGCAUUUGCUUCAGAACGCAUUAAUAGUUUCCUCAACCCGAAAGCAUUCUCAAAUUGCUGCUUGAAUAAAUAAUAAUUAGGUAUCUAGUUAGAAGAACUAGGUAGACAGUCAGUUUCUUUUAUUUCAGAAUUAUGAAUAAAGAAAGUUAAUAUUUAAAAUGCAAAACUAAUCAAAGUUAUUAACAACACUUCAAUAGAUGGAAUAUUGUUCUCUUAUUUUCAUCGUAAAAUUAUCUUAGAAAUAUUUAGGAUUACUUUUUUUCUUUUCUGAUUAUUUCUUAUCUACACACUACCUAAAAACUCUAACUAAUUACACAAUUUCUAACAAUUUUAAAUUCAAAAUCAACUUAAAUGUGUUUGAUAGACGAUUUUAAAAGUUCAAUUUAUUGUAAUUCUUUAAUGUAGUUUGUGAAAGUGAUUUUAGUGAUUUCUAUAUUUCGAUAGUAGCUACUUAUUAAAUACCAAAACUUUUUUGAUUCAAAAUAUUAACUAACUCAAACACAAGGAAUGGAUGUAAAAAAUUGUGCCUGAUAAAAAAAUGAACCCAAAAAAGAAACAAACUUACUUUUGAAGUAAGUAAAUGAUCUGAAGGUUGCAAUGUCAAUUAACGAUGCUAAUAGAAAUAACAACAAUAAUAUUAAAAUAUCAGAUUCAGCAGCCAUUUUCUAUGUAAGUUCGAUGAAUGACCGAUAAUUUCGAUGUAACUAAAUAGAUAAAAUAUAAAUUGUCGGACAUCGUUUCCUGAAAAAUCUUUAAAACCUGCUGGUUGCAUUGUAGAAACUAUUUUGGUGGAAAAUAAAAAUAAAACCAUUAUUUUUCUAAAGCCGACAAAUUAGAUAACGAAUAUUUGAACCAAAGAUAUUUUUCGACUAUGGCUUACUUUUUAUGUUCUAUUUAAAUCGCUGGCUGAACACUUUAGUGAUGUCUCCCAUCUCCCAUAAAAAAAGCUUUUCAACUCAAAAGUUCAUGAAAUAAAUUUAACAACUGCACGAUUGAGAAAUAAAUUUGUUAAGAAGAAUUUAAAGCAAAUCACACAAUAGAACAUACAAAAAAUAUUAUAAAAGAAAACAUUCGUUCAAAGAGAAAGUGUAGAAUUAAAAAUUACCACAAGAAUAAUUAACAAAGUUUUUUCUCUCUAGUUUAUGAAAAUAAAAUUUAUUAAUUCGCUUGUAAAAAAUCUUCAAUCAAAUAAGAAAUUAUGAAGAAACAAACAUAAAUGACGAAUAAAAUAUUUGAUGAAGUUUCAAAAUUGACGAUUUUUGUUUUUCUUUUCAAUGAAAAGUUUGACCAUCUCUGGGGAUUGUUUGAGGGUAAAAGU